AAGCCGUGAUUAUGUCAUCACCAACUCCACUGAAAUUAUUCACAAACGCUUGCAUCAUCCCUCGAUGGCCUUAUCUUCUUCUGUUACUCCCUCUGUCGCCCUCACAGCACCACUCCAACUAACCUAUCCUCUCCUUCCUGCCAUCCAUGCUCACUCUUCAUCCAUCCCUUUCUGCUUCCCUGCUAAACCCAGUUGCAAAAGCGACAACUACCAGCUCUGUACCUCAACGAGUCCUUUGAAAUGGAGGACUAGAGUUUCUUUCCUUCAAUCUUUCUUGACCAAAGGUAAAGACACUAAGACCCUCAAGGAUGAGCUUCUUGAGACCAUUGCUCCGCUUGAUCGUGGCGCCAACGCCUCUCCUGAAGAUCAACAAGAAGUCGAUCAGAUUGCACGUCAGCUUGAAGUAGUCAAUCCAACAAAGGAGCCACUCAAGUCUGAUUUGCUGAAUGGAAAGUGGGAGCUUAUUUAUACAACUUCGAGGUCCAUCCUGCAAACUGAGAGGCCCAAAUUCUUACGAUCAAGUGUAAACUACCAGGCAAUUAAUGUGGAUACAUUGAGAGCCCAAAAUAUGGAAUCUUGGCCAUUCUUUAAUCAGGUCACAGCGGAUUUAACUCCUCUUAACCCAAGAAAGGUGGCCGUUAAAUUCGAUUAUUUCAAAAUUUUGGGCUUGAUACCUAUUAAGGCACCUGAAAGAGCUCGUUUUGGUGAAUUGGAAAUCACAUACUUGGAUGAUGAGUUGCGAAUUUCUAGGGGUGACAAAGGUAACUUGUUUAUCUUGAAAAUGGUGGAUCCAUCCUAUAGGGUUCCUGUCUGAUGUAUGGAUACUUCUGCAGCAUUAUAUAUGUUUGAUGAUUAGGAUUUCUAUCGAAUGAGAAUAGAGAGACUUAUUAUAUUCUGCUUGGAGACAUCGGCUAUUGUACUUCAACAGAAGAGGGUAACCUGGACAAGCUUUUCUUGUCAUGUUUUGUAUCAAGUGCAAAAUUUGGAUGCUGAAUUUGCUCUUACUACAUACAAUUCCUUCCUUUUCAAGGUAGCUUGCCUCUGGCUAUGGUGUGUUGUGUAUAAUGUAUAUACUUAUCACAUUUGUGAAGAGACCAAUUAAAUGUUCAGGCUAUUGACAAUUAUGAAUGUAAAAAUCUUCAUUCUGAAAUGAAGGGUGCCAUUGGCAAGCAUUUGUAAGA